CCAGCGGCCCCACAAUGCCAGGCGGGGGAGCCCCUUUCUGAGCAUCACCGCCUCGCCUCGCUCAAAGGGACACACAGGAGAGAAAUGCAAAGGGAUGUAAGAUGGCAGAGCUACAAAUGCUAUUAGAGGAGGAAAUCCCUGCCGGCAAAAGAGCGCUGGUGGAAAGCUACCAGAACCUGUCGCGGGUGGCGGAAUACUGUGAAAACAAUUAUGUUCAGGCUCAAGACAAGAAGAAGGCCCUGGAGGAGACCAAAGCCUACACCACCCAGUCUCUGGCCAGUGUGGCCUACCAGAUUAAUGCCUUAGCAAACAAUGUGCUGCAGCUGCUGGACAUCCAGGCCUCGCAACUGCGACGCAUGGAGUCCUCCAUCAACCACAUCUCCCAGACGGUGGACAUUCAUAAGGAGAAAGUGGCACGUCGAGAAAUUGGCAUCCUGACCACAAAUAAGAACACCUCUCGCACCCACAAGAUCAUCGCCCCGGGGAACAUGGAGCGACCGGUGCGCUACAUUCGAAAACCCAUCGACUACACGCUGCUGGAUGAUGUGGGACACGGUGUCAAGUGGCUUAAGGCCAAGCAACACGGGAACAAUGCGGCAGGCCGAGGAGGGACCAUUUCCAGGACUAACCCACCCACGCAGAAACCUCCGAGUCCCCCCAUGGCUGGCCGCGGGACCCUGGGGCGUAACACUCCUUACAAGACACUGGAGCCCGUGAAGCCUCCAGUGGUGCCCAACGACUACAUGACGAGCCCGGCCAGACUGGGCAGCCAGCACAGCCCUGCACGCACAGCUUCCCUCAACCAGAGGCCCAGGACACACAGUGGCAGCAGUGGUGGGAGUGGUGGGAGGGAGAACAGUGGAGGCAGUGGAGUCGGUGUUCCUCUUGCAGUUCCUACUCCAUCUCCUCCCAGUAUGGGCCAAGUGGCGACAUCGUCAGCCUCGGUGCCUCAGGGCCCCGGCCUGGGUCCGAUCCCCAUGUCCCAGUUCGGCACCAUCUCCCGCCAAAUUUCCCGUCACAACUCCUCCACCACCUCCUCAGCUUCCAUGGUGUCGGCUACCGGCACCUACCGCCGUGCACCUUCCGUCUCCUCCCAGCAGCCCCACAUCAACGGGGGCCCGGCGUACCCUCAGAACUCAGUGUCUGUGGCUCCUCCACCUCCUCCUCCCAUGGUCCAGCUGACCCCACAGAUCCCUCUGACCGGCUUUGUGGCCAGAAUGCAGGAGAGCAUAACAGACAGCCCUGCUCCUCCUCCCCCGCCUCCCCCAGAGGACAUGGGUGUGUUUGAGGAGCCUGCUCCCCCUCCUCCUCCUCCACCUGUGGACUACGAGGAAGAGGAGGCUGCUGUGGUUCACUACAGUGAUCCAUACGCUGAUGGAGACCCCCACUGGGCCCCCAAGGCUUAUCUAGAGAAAGUCGUGGCCAUCUACGACUACACCAAGGACAAGGAGGAUGAGCUCUCCUUCAUGGAAGGUGCCAUCAUCUACAUAAUCAAGAAGAACGAUGAUGGCUGGUUCGAAGGCGUCUGCAACGGCGUCACCGGACUCUUCCCUGGAAACUACGUGGAGUCCAUCAUGCACUAUGCUGACUAAAACAAAAACAAAAAACAAAUCCCACCCAUAUUGGCACUGUAGUUUUUGAACAGAAGCAAAACCGUGAAGAUGUACAGAUGUAUGCAGUGAUAGCAGUUCAUACAACUCCUGUUUUGAAUGAAGUGCCAUGGUGAAGUAUUAUUUUCUUUUGGGGAAGGGGGGCCUUGUGCUUGCACGGUUUUGGUCUGCUUCAAAAAAAGAAAAAAAGAUUAAGUGUUGCACAAAGAAGGAGAGCGUUGGAGCUUCGCUCGGCCGGGGUCUUAGUUUACAAGGGGGGUGAAAGGAAGGAGAUAAAGGCCUUUUUUUCUACUACUGUCACGUCUUUGGAGCAUCUUCAAACUACAACAAUCACAUUUUGCCCCACAAGCAAUUACAUGCAAUCAGAAUUGGUGUUAAUUUAUGUAAAUGCAACCAAAAUUGACAGUGUUUUCCAGUAUGUAGAUCCAGCUCCAGUUUGACAUAAUGAAGCCAGAUGCUCCCCCCCUUUUAUUUGAACUGUAGACCGUCAGACCAACUCUUCCCUCCUUUCAGAAACAUCCAUCUUACUUUAUCAAAAAGGACAAACAAGCAUCAACAAGUGCAUUAGGACACGACUGAAUGUUCUAUGCUGUCGAUGUCCGAAUCACGAGAUGUUUAAACGAGGGGAAAAAGGCAACCUGGAGUUGUGUAUUCACUAUGCUCUGUGUCGGUGGGGUUGUAAAGGGGUGAAGUGAGUGUAUAAAACGCAUUACGAAAAAAAAAGAGGAAACAGUUCCGUCUGUCUGGUGGAGUUUUUUCUGUUCUCUAACUUGUAUAUAAACUGUAAUGUGAGAAGCUGCCAGUACAGUACAUUUGUCAGUGUGUUUCACCAGUGUUUCCAUCGGCGUCAGUGGGGGUGGUGCCAAGAUUGUUUUUAUUCGUCGUCGUUUCUUUUUUACUUGAAUAUUAAUUUUAUUCAUCACUCACAGUGCCAUUUUAACUGGUUGUGUAGAAACAUUUAUUUUUCUAUGUCCAGUCACGACUAUAUCAUUUUGAUCACUGUGUCCAGUGAUGCUGUCCAGCUACUGUAGCAGAGCUCCCGAUGUGUUGCAUCGCUUCUAAAAGAGAAGCACAGGAAGGACAAAUUAGUGUGUUUUCAUGUCGUUUUCCUGGUUUUUUUUGUGUGUGUUAUAGCUGCACUGAUUAGUUAUCAAUGACUGUGAUGACUUUGAUUUCCGUCACGACUUCGAUCGCAACCCCAGAGUUGCUGCCUGAGAAACUAACCUUCAGUUUAAUCUUUCAACGGUUGCUGGUGUGGUGCUUUACAUUGGUGCUCCAAAACCAUAAUCACCAACCCAAACAACCUCAAGAACAAGACUGCUCUGCGUAGAAAUGUAACAGAUGACUUCAGUCUCUUAAAGGUGAACAUUGAUCGUUUUGAUUGUAAUCUUCAAUCACUUCUGCAUUGUAGUGAAUGUAGGCGACCCAGCAGUUAUGUUCUCCAGCUAGAAUCAGUUCCCUGUUCAUGUUUUGUUUUUUGUUUUUUUUGUCCAGAGUCUGUGCUACACAUGAAUGACUCCUGUUAACUUGCAGUGAAGGAAUGAAUUUCAAUCCAUAGGUCUUAAAAAGCUAACGUGUUUCCGAUUUCUACUACAAAAUAAGAUGCCUGCUCUUACGAAGUGAUUGUUGGUGCAAGUAAAAGUCGCCGUCAAAUAUCAUUGAAGCUAAUGCCUGAUCUCAGAAUACAUGUUUGUAACAUAAUCAUGCGUGCUUCGGAAGUAAUGGGCAUUGAAGUUUUAUUUUGAAAGGGAUCUAGAGGUAACAUCUUCAGGUUUCUAGACGGACAUUCAUAUGAACCGUACUCAUUCAGCCGCUGUGCAUGAAACCAUCCAGACGUCAUUACAGUGAAGGAUUUGCCACUACAUCCCAUUCUUGAUUGUAUUUUUUCCAUCAUGAGGUAAUUUUUUGUGAGAGAAAAAAGUAACUUUUUCUACCUAAUGUAUUUCUAGCUUUGCAUUCUUUUUAUGUCUGAGACUGCUGAGGAAGGUUCGCUAGCAGUUUUUAUGUCAAGGAUUUAUUUAUACUUUUUUCAUAGUGAAAAUCAUAAGACAACCACUGACGCGCAGAACUUUGUAAUGUUUACCACUGUAACGUCUAGCAUUUCAGGGCAUCACAGGUCAAGGCGCCUUUCUUUGAUGUGUGUUUUCUUAUGAUCAAAUGGAAAUGAAAAAGGAGAAAAAAAAACAUCCGUAACUUAAAUGUUCAUGGGAACAGAAUCUGAUAUUUGUCUUCUCCUCUCAGUUUGUACAUAGGAUGUGUUCAUUGAAAUGUAUGUACAGUCUUUUUGUAAUAAACCGCUCAUUGAAACAUGACUAAA